GCUCCACCACUGGAUAGAGACCGACGAAGGAACGGUGUUGGAAGGGGGCAUUUUCUUUAUGCUGUUAUUUUGGGAUAAGAGCAUAAAAGGUGCUACAUGCAAAAGGAAAUUGGAAAUUUCCAGAAGAAGAAAGAAGGGACUCAAUUGAAGAAAUUAAAAGUUGGAGGGCCGACUCCGCCUACCUCCUCCUUCCCCAUCAAUCUUUCCUCUCUUCUGCAGCCCCUUCUCUGCGCCGCCACUCUUCUGCAACCAGAUCCUGCAGCUGCAAAGAUAGAUCCUGCGCCUAUGUGGCAAUCAACCGAGCAUGAGAUAAACCUGCAGGAUGACAUCACGCUCCAGCUUUCUUGGCUGUCCUGCAGGGCCAGUUUUGGCCUCACCCGAUCAACGGUGGAAGGAAAAAGAAGAAAAAUUGAAGGGUUUGGAUGAGGAGUGAAGGGGGAGUUAGGGUUUUGUUUGAGGGGGUAUAAAUAGGAAGGACCGGUAAAGAGAAAGGGGUUGGUUCUUUUUUUGGUGGCGGGUUUCUCUUUUGGAGGGUUUUUCUUCUCGGAGAAGUUCUCUUGGAUUCUCUCUUGGUCUGAGUUUGGGGUGUUGCUUGAGGACAGCGGGAGGAUCACUGAGCUGAGCAAGAUUGUGCAUUUUUUUUGGGUUUUCAUCUUAGGUAUUUUCCUGCAACAGAGGAGUCUUUUGGGGAGGCAGUGAGGGGAAUGAUCUGGCUUGAUCUCGUGGGUGGGAUCCGUCAGAUCGGACUCCGAUCUGUUACCCAAAAAGCUCCGCCGUGUUUGCUUCUUUUGUCUUUCUGUUUCCGUGACAUGCUUCUCUGAUGUUUACGUUUGUAUAUGUUUAUUGAAAAUCAAUGAAAGAUAAAAAAAAUGUUCAGUU